GCAGUUUGUUUUGUUUUUGUUUACAUGUACCGUACACAAAAAUUUGAAACAUUUCUGCUAAUAUUUCCAAAGAAAAAGCUGUUGCACUUUUGGAUUUAUCAAUACUAUUUAAUAGUUCCGAGCGCGUUACUAAGGGGGUGGAAUUUCAGUUGGACAUUGUUCAGUGCACGAAGAGGACUUAAUUUUUUUUUGAAAAUGCCGAAAAAUACAAAUCUUAAACUUUUUACUAAAACGUGGCCUUUGAAACGUGAUAAAAAAGAUGAGGAGCGCAAAAGACCUUUGACUGCAACUUUGGAAAAACCUUCUAUUUUGGACAUAAAAUUUUUGGGUAAAAUUGACAUGAGUCUUGUCCGAAAAGAAUUCCUCAACAUAACGAAUCUGUGCAAGCUCCCUUUAAUUAUAAAGAAAAAAGCUGAUUCUUGUAAACCGCUAAGGCUGUUAGGUUCCGAAACGCACAACAAAAAAACGAAAAAGAAACGCAAAAAGUUCGAACCGAACGAAGACAGUCACGAAGACGAAGAAAGCAGCGUGAUACAGAGCGCCAAAAUAAAUAGUCGCACCACAAAGUCCAACAGAAAUUCGGCCAGUAACAAAUCUGUGAUAAACUUCAAACAGAAUAAUAUUUUAGCUGUUAGAAAUGAUGCCAACAAUAAUCAGAAAACAUCAUUAAAGAUUCCGAUAAGAAAACCGACGCUUACGACCAUAGCAACUCCCAAUAGUGACCUCGUAAAAUCAUCUUUAUCGACCAAACUACCCUCUCCAUGCAAAACUUGUGGUAGGCCCGAUUUGCCUGAACGAUUCCACAGUCAUCCGACUUCCAAAAGAAGCAGUAGUCAAGCUGGAACGCCUAUGGAAGUGAAAAAAGUUGAGAACAAAAUCCCCACAGUUACAGUAAAAAGUUCAGUUCAAAAACCAGUGGCAAUCAAAUACCAGUCCAAAAGUGCCGCUAAAAAGUCUCCAAUAAAGAAGCUAUUGGAGCCAAAACCUCCAAUAAUCCAGAAAAAACCUGACACAAUCAAUUCGCCCAGCUCCGACAAAGAAGCUACAAUGAGCAGAAAACUGGUUACUACACCAUCCAGAGGUGGUUCAGCAAAGCGUACUCUAACUUGCUACAUUUGUGGAAGAGAAUUCGGUACAGCCUCAUUGGCUUUGCACGAACCCAAAUGCUUACAGAAAUGGGAACGAGAAAACGCAAGUUUACCGACAACUCAAAGACGCAAACCUCCAGUGAAACCGCAAGGGGAUUUCACUCAAACCGAAUGGAACCAAUUGGCAUGGGAAUCGUCACAGGCUAAUUUGGUGCCCUGCAAAAACUGCUCUAGAACCUUCUACCCUGACAGAUUGGAGGUGCACCAAAGAAGUUGCAAAACAACUCCAAGCAAUCCAAUAAUUAUUAAAAAAUCCUUUUCAUCGAAUGACGCUCUUUCGGCCUCAUCAUCAAUGACUCAAAGCAACUCGGAUUUACCAUCAACGUCUUUAAAAUCACCUCAAUUUAUAGACUGCUACAUUUGUGGAAAAAAAUUUGGUACAAAGUCCAUACAAAUUCACGAAAAACAGUGUUUGAAAAAAUGGCACGUGGAAAAUGAGAGUUUGCCUCGCGACAUGAGAAGUCCCGCACCCACAAAACUCAAUCAAAACUCAAUAUUGUUAAAAGAAAAAACUGAAUCUGCGGCAAGUGAUCAGGAAGAAAGGCCAGCAUCUGGUACGAAAUCUCCAUUGUUCCCAUGCUAUUUAUGCGGAAAAUUGUUUACGGUGAAUUCGAUUUACAUUCACGAGCCUCAAUGUUUGAAAAAGUGGAAAAUCGAAAACGACAAGUUGCCUGCUAGCAAACGAAGACCCGUACCAUUGAAACCUGACGUUAAAUUUACACAUUCAGGCAAAGUGAAUUUUGAAGAAACCAGUGAAGCUUACUGGAAAAGUCACCUAAACCAGUUGGUACCAUGCAAAAUGUGUUUCAGGACGUUUAAUCCGGACAGAGUCGAUGUUCACGAGAAAAGUUGUAAAGGAAACUGAUUUUAUUGUUUGACAUAACAAUUUAGAUUAUAUACAAAUUUGAAAGACGAAUAAAAUAAAGCUAUUUUGUAGAAAAUAAGCGAAAAUUAGGUGUUUAAAUUGAAACACGUCAAAUUUCAACUUUGAGCUGCCUCAAGUGUAUUUUUAUAAUUGUUAGAGGAGGUAAAAGAUAAAAAAAGAAAAAUAAUAUAUUAAAGAAAAUAAAUCUAUUGCCCCAAUUUUUGACAACGUAGAUAACAUUUAACUCUGUUGUAUUCAAUUUUUUUAAAAAUUAUCAAAUAGAGCCUAAUCACAUACACAAAAUAAAAGGUAAAUUAAUUAUAAACAAUUAAAACGCGAUUUUAGAAAUUAAACGUCGUAUUUAAUUACUGUUAAGAUUAAAUAAAUAUUGUUCAAAAGAAAAACACAAUGGGAGGUUCUCUGAAAUCAAAAGACAAACACGAUACGCGCUAUCUUUGAGUCAAGUAGGUAUCUCUUUUAUGUUUCGUAUUUACAAUCCUAAAAUAGUAACUUAAUUUAUUGUGAUGUGAACAUAAGUGAAAAAUGUCUCUGGAAAAAGCCAAAAGUAUCGAAGCAGGCCUCCAAGCGAUGAUCGGUAGCUGCCAUGAUAUCCAACAAAAAAAAUCAUUUUUUGAACGAGCAAAAUUUAUUCUAUCCCACAUGACUAUAGAACCUGUUUUAGUCCUUUACAUUCUACCGAGCAUUAUGAUAACUAUAGCGGUGCAAAAUUUAAACUUAGAAAAAGCUUGCAGAGUCAACUUAGGCAUUUCGAUAGAGCAUUGCGAUGCUCUGACUAUAAGAAACGAGACAGCUUAUGAAGGGUAUAAAAGGGACGAGGAAGCGGUGCAAACAUUAGCGGCACAUAUGACUAUUAUCAAAAAUACGGUCCAAAGCAUUAUCCCAGGAACCAUCCUCCUAUUCCUAGGCGCGUGGAGCGACAGGUUCCAGAAACGCAAACCGUGCAUGCUGGUACCGAUCCUAGGUGACAUGCUCUGCGUCACCGGCUUACUAGUUUGUACUUACUUUUUUUACGAGUUACCGAUCGAAGUCAAUUCGAUUUGCGAGUCCGUGUUUCCGGCGAUAUCCGGCUCGUGGUUCGCCAUGUUCAUGGGAGUUUAUAGUUAUAUUAGCGAUGUGCAGUAAAUAUGUUAGCAAAUGUGAGCAUGUGCAUUGGUACUGCUUUGAGUGGAGUUCUUUACGAAGCUACAGGUUUUUAUGGAGUUUAUUUUACGGCUCUGGUAAUGUACUCCAUUGCAUUUGCUUACGGCUACUUGUUUAUUAAAGAUAAACCUUUAGAAGAUGGAGCUGAAAUUCGGAGUAGAGGAUUUUGUUGCGACUUUUUCCAAACCGAUCAUGUAAAAGAAACUUUUAAAACUGCAAUGCGUUCUAGUAAUAAGCGCGGAAGGAAAAAGAGAGUUUGCGGCAUUAUGUUUCUGUUUGCUGUUAUUGUUGGGCCACUUUAUGGCGAGAUGAACGUAGUCUACUUUUUCGUGAGGCUAAGAUUCGGUUGGGAUGCUAUUCAGUACAGUUUCUUCUCAACAUUUCAAUUUGUUACCAAUACUUUAGGCACCAUCUUUUCCUUGUCAUUCUUUUCCCAAUUCCUCAAACUCGACGAUGCGCUUUUAGGAAUAAUUUCAUGCUCAACAAAAAUCCUUGCAUGUGGAGUUUACGCUUUUGCACCGAGUCCUUUAUAUUUUUACUUGGGAGCACUUGUAGAACUCCUCAAUGGAACUUCUUUUAUUGCCAUGAGGGCUAUGAUCACUAAGUUGGUUAGGCCAGAAGAGCUAGGCAAAAUUAACUCUUUAUUUGGAGUGUUUGAAGCUAUAGUACCAAUGAUUUACGGUCCAUUGUACAGCAGGAUUUAUAGUAGGACCAUUGACAGUUUUCCUGGCUGUUUCUAUUUGGUUGGCGGUGGCUUGACUGGGCCUGCUUUGUUUAUUUUUUAUUGGCUGUAUUUGGAAAAUAAAAAAGAUGCUGCGUCGAGUCCUCAACCUCAAGAAGAAAAACUGAUGCAAGAAAUAACUGAAAUUGAGAAAGAAACUGGAGAAGAAAUAAAAUCUGAAUUGGAAAAAUAAAAAUGAUUGAUUUUUAUGCUUCAGGUGGUGUUGAUUUCAAGGGAACAUUCAAUCGAAUCUGGGAGAAUCACUUGACGGAACUCGUGAAAUGCUCAAAAUGCGAUCGAACAUUCUUCCCGGAUCGGAUCGGGACGCACAAGGAAGCUUGUAAAGGCUUGAAAAUUGAAAUUAAACAUAAAACAAAUGCUAAAAAAUAAUAAGAACGGAUUAAACUUUCAUUGAGACUAUAGUUAAAAGUUAAAUAAAAACUUUCUUCCAUAAACACCUUGUUACUCUUAAAAAUUUGAUAGAUCUUUCUGUUGCCGUUUUGAGGAAAGGUGAACACACACUGAUAUAAUUCCAGUAUUCAGAUUCCUUAAAAUCCUUGUGUAAAUAAUUCGAUUCGAUUCAGACUCAAUAGGUACCUCAUUCUCCUGGUUCUCCGUGCUUUUAUUUAUAAUGGAGUAAAGUUUUAAAAUCAAUUAUUGUGGAACAUUGUUUUGUCAUUUUUA